AUGGGGGCGGAGUCGAGGCCUGGCGCGAGACCCAGCAGGCGAGCGGAAGAGACGGAGCUUCUGGGAGGCAGCGGAAGAGGAGGUCGACGGCGUCCGGUACUGUGUUCACAGGAAAACAAGAAGCAUAUCUGCCUUCAAGAAAUGUAUAAAGUAUGAGAUGACAUUCAGAGAUGCAUUUUUUUUAAAGCGUCAAGGUCUCAUCAGGUCACCCAGGCUGGCCCCAACUCCAGGACUCAAAUGACCGGCGUACUACCUCAAGCUUCCGAGUAGUUGGGACCACAGGUGUGUACCAUGGAGCCUGUCUGUACAUGCAAAAUGUAAACAAGAAUUUCAGACUGAGGUAGUGCCAUGCAGGAAGAAGUGGAGAGAUGCAGAGGCCGAACCAAAAGGCCUGACAUGGCGCUUUAUGUCCCUAAAGCUCGUAGGGGUACAGUUCUCCUGAAGACACGUGAUAAGGAAAAAGACUGUGGUUCUCCUAACUCCCUGAUGAAAGAACAACAAAAAGAAAGUUAUCUUUCCCAAAAGCAGAUCUUUGAAGACAAACCCGAGGUUCAGAGUAUUAACCCUGAUAAGAAGGUGAAUAAUUGUAAAGAAGGAAAGAAAUCUUCAACAAAAUUAAGAAAAGACACCUACCUUCAUAAAAGAAAUAAAGAGAGGGUUUGUACUAAGAAAGGACUCACAGUAUCCAGCGAAGUAUUGUCGCAAGAACAUCAGCAAAAAGUCUCAAAUGCUGGGAUUAUGCCUAGAGUACCUUUACAAAGACAUUUUAAACCAAAGACAGUGGAAUGUUUGGAGGUUCAUGAUACAGAUGUGACAGGAUAUGAAGGAAUACUUCUACCACAGUCUUGUUCAAAAAUUACUGAGGUUAAUCAGGUUCUAAGCAGAUCAUGUCAGAAUAUGGAAUUAUGUGAUUUCAUUAGACAUGAACUAAGUGGGGAAAACUUUGAAGACAAAGAUUUGGGAAGCAGAACUGAAACUGAUGCCAAAGUUGUGGAGAUAAUACCUCAGCUUCCUAGAGGUCUUACUGCUGUAUUAAAACCUGAGAAUGAGAUUGUAACAGCAGAAGUAUACUUGGAUUCUGAACGUACACAACAAAGCAUACAAAUGCCAGAUGGAACGUUGAAGCUCAGCAAUGGAAGCAUCACUGCUGCUUUUGUUUCUGGAAGUCCAGAUGUUGUCACUGAUCAGACUUGUGUAGACUUUGGAGUUGAGAAUAUAGCUGAUGUAGCCAACAGUACAGAUUUCAUCUUGGGUCACAAAGGUGUAGAUUCCAUUCCUGAGACUCAGGCUAGCAUUGCUCAUAACAAGACUAUGGUCAGCAAAUUAGAGCACACAAGUAGCAUUAUUGAUCCAGCAAUGAUUAGAGGAUGUGAGGAGAAUGACAGCACUGCUGAUGAGUUAUGUGGAAAGUAUAAACCUCCUGAUACAGCCGUCCUUGCUCACGAAACAGAAAAUGGAUCUAGGAGUGUAGAUGACAUUACUAGUAAAGCAUAUAUGGUGGACAUUACAGGUGCCACAUGUGAUCAUAUAAAUGUAGGUAGUAGCCCUUGUGUAGUUCGACUAGCUGAUACUUGUAGUGAUACAAGUAGAUUGUCAGAAUACAUAGAAAUGUGUUCAGAUGCAGCUCCUCCUCAUUUAGUUAGAAGUGAGAAUGACUCGGAAAAUUUCAGCAACCUGACUUGCUCAGAUACUUACGCUGAAAAUAUUUCAUGUAGUUUUACAGAGUCAACAGGAAAGUUAAUAGAGAGUGUGUCAGAUUGUUCUUCCUCCUUACCUAUUAAGAAGAUUGCUGGUAGUAAUUACAACACUUUCUUGGACUCUGAACUGCAUAUGUCAAAUGGGACAAAAGAACUUUCAGGGAGUGCCUUGGGCAAUGAUCUGGAUAUUACUGGUGCUAUAAGAGAUGAAUUACAUGAACUAAGAAUUGGUAAAGAGUUGAAAACAAAAGAACAAGAUGACUCAGAGAAUAUAGAACUUGGUGUAUCAUUUCCUGUUAGAGAAUCAUCUAUGGAAACAUCCAUGGAACUAAAAUCAGCUGAAACUUCUCAGGUAGCAGAAAAUACUGCUGUGGAGGAGAGCUGGGAAUCUAUGUUUAAUGAUGACGGUGACUGUGUAGAUCCACGUCUUCUACAAGAGUUAUCAGGGAACAUAAAGAACAAAGAAAGUAUCCAGGAACCCAGAUUUGAUUAUUACAACCACAAAACUCCUGAUAUUGACCUCAGUGAAUGUGAGUUCCCACAUGUCAUUGAAAUUUAUGACUUCCCCCAAGAAUUUCGUACAGAAGACCUUCUCCGUGUUUUCUGCAGUUACCAAAAGAAAGGAUUUGAUAUUAAAUGGGUGGAUGAUACACAUGCUUUAGGAGUAUUCUCCAGUCCAAUCACAGCUCGUGAUGCUUUGAGUAUUAAACAUACCAUGGUGAAGAUCCGGCCCUUGUCCCAGGCCACAAGAGCAGCCAAGGCCAAAGCUAGAGCUUAUGCUGAAUUCCUUCAGCCAGCAAAGGAACGGCCUGAGACUUCAGCAGCCCUAGCUAGAAGGUUAGUCAUCAGUGCCCUUGGGGUUCGAAGCAAGCAGAGCAAAACAGAACGGGAAGCAGAGCUCAAGAAACUGCAAGAAGCCAGAGAGAGGAAACGUUUGGAAGCCAAGCAACGAGAAGAUAUCUGGGAAGGCAGAGGACAGUCUGUAAUUUGAAUAUCAUUCAGUGAAAAGGAAAACUCCAUGAUUUAGAAAAAUAUUUCUCGAUCCUCAGAUAAGAGGAUCCUUCCAGAGCUGUGUACAUGCAGGCAUGCAUGUUAAAGAAAGAGAAAAAGCUAUCAAGACAAAGAUUGACUGGGCAGAAAGAAAAUAGACCCUUGUCUUCACUCCUCAAUGCAGUUCUUUGUUAUUGCCCUACUGUGGUAGAUAUAAAAGGGAGCCAUCAGCUGGGAAGAAACAUGGAAGAUGCAACUUCCAAGAGUCGCCUGGACAGAGCAAGUCAUGUUAGCAUGGAUCACACUUCUCAAAGUGUCUUAAAGAAAAUGCGAAGCAGAACAGAGGAUUCAAACUGCAAAGAUGGGAGAUUUAGGCCCUGCAGAGGCAGAGCAUUCCGUAUUACCUUACAGAGCUGAAAAAAGUAAUAGUGGGGACAGGAAUGGAGGACAUGAAGGGAGCAAUUAAGAUGGACAGAUUGACAGACCAGAGCUGUACUUGGGACAUACACAGUCUGCACUGCUGGUCCCAGAACUCCAAAGUUGGUGAACUGCCACAGACGUGGGUACUACAGAUGUGGGUACCACAGAUGUGGGUAUCUGGAUCCAGAGUUGGUAAUGAACUCCAUGUCUGGGGCUACUCCAGCUGCACAGCAACCAGGCACCUGCCAACUGCAUUCCUCCAGCCAGUCUUGAGGAGUUGCAUGCCAUUUCUACUUUGAGUAGUAAUGUGUUGUAAAAGGGAAACAUUAAAAGCCAUUUUAUGACAUAUAUCA